CCCCUGCCCCAGCCUCCCCUCCUGUCCCCUCAGCGUCUGUCACCCUCCGGCUGCUCCACAUCGACGUCUUCCACAACGCCAGCUCCACGGACAUGCAGGGGACGGCCCUGCUGGGCGACCUGGAGACCCACUCCAUGAACUGCAGCACCUGCGAGAUCCGCUUCCUGCAGCCCUGGGCCCAGCAGGGCCUGACCCCGAAGCAGUGGCAGGACCUGGAGCUGCUGAUCCAUCGCUCCCUGUUCAGCUUCAGCCGGACUGUGAACACAAUAGCCCAGCACCACGGAGGGGGCUACCCCUUUGUUACCCAGGGCUCCCUCCGCUGCGACCUGCACCCCAACGGCACCUCGAGGCGAUUCUGUGACGCCGGAGUGAACGGCGAGGACUUCAUCAGCUUCGACGCGGACACAGGCAAAUGGGUCGCUCGGCGGGGGGACAAGCUGGCGCUCUACGCCCAGGACCUUCUCAACCAGGAUAAAAGCACAGCCAGCGUGAUUCAGUUUCUCCUGAGAACGUGUGUCAAUCUGAUCGAGAGCUUUGUCCAGUACGGGAACGAGUCUCUGGAGAGACAAGGUGAGGCUGGACACCACUCGCUGCCAUGCAGCCACCUCUGGGUUGGG